AUUAUUAAACGAAAAAACUAAAAGAGUGCUAAUUGAAAAUGGACUUGGCUGGUAAAAAUGUGGUUUACCUCGGUGGCUUUGGCGGAAUUGGCCAAAAAGUUUGCGCCGAGCUGCUCGAACGCCAGCUAAAGGCGUUGGCCGUGUUCGAUCUGGCGCCGAAUGAUCAGCUCUUGGGGGCUUGGCAGGCAAAGUAUCCAAAUACCGAGAUCUUCUACCAAAAAGUGGACAUUACCCAAAAGCCAGAGCUCGAGGCGGCCUACAAAGCGGCCGCCGCACGCUUGCAACACUUUGAUCUGGUCGUCAAUGGCAUGGGCCUGAUGAACGACCACUUCGUGGAGCUGACCAUACAAAUCAAUUUGCUGGGCUUGAUCAACAGCUCUUUGUUGGCCUUGGAGCACAUGGAUCAGACCAAGGGCGGCCGAGGCGGGCUCGUGGUGAACAUCUCAUCCGUGGCCGGGCUGCAGCCUACCCCACUUAUGGCCAUCUAUUCGGCGGCCAAGCAUGGCGUCACCGCAUUCACACGUGGAUUGGCGGAUGCCGCUUACUAUGCUCGCACCGGAGUGGCCUUUAUCACCAUCUGUCCAGGCUUCACGGACACGCCCCUGCUGGCCGAUAUGCUGGACAAGACAACAUUUUCGUUUGAGACACCCAUGAAGAAAAUUAUACCCAAGGUAAAGCGUCAGCCACCGGAGGUCUGUGCCAGCAAUAUGGUCAAGGUCAUUGAACAGGCCCAAAAUGGUGGCGUCUGGAUGCUGGACGUGGGCGAAAUCGAAGAACUUGACAUGCCCGUCAUGUGGAAACCCGUGCUCCAAGAUUGAAUACCAAUGCCAGAAAUCUUAUUGUUAACUGGUUUCACAGUACAUUUCAU